UCUCCCUCUCUCUCUCUAUAAAAAUCAGUGAAGCGAUAGAGCAAGAAAUGCCCCAUAAAUUCCACCACGACCCUCACUUCUAACCUCCUCAACUUCACUGGAAUUAGGGCUUCCUCCGAUCCAAUGGACGAUUCCGCGUUGCGACUCGUUUCCGAAAUCGGCACCCAACUCGCUCAACAGACUCGCCCGAAUAAGGAUUUCCUCGUCAAAUCUCUCCGACAAGCCGUAAGUACUUUGUCACAGUUGGAACAGCCUUCUUCACAAGAAGUCGCCAAAAAGUCUGAAGCCGCCAAAAAGAUAGAAGCUGCAAUAAAGCCCCUGAAGAAACGUAUUGUCAAUGGCUUGCUUCAGCAUAGAGAUAAGGAUGUUAGGCUUUUAGUAGCCAUCUGUGUCAGCGAAAUUUUUCGUAUCCUCGCACCUGAACCACCUUUUGAAGAUAAAUAUCUUAGGGAUAUUUUUAAACUUAUUUUGAGCAUGUUUGCUGAGCUAGCUGAUACCACAAGUCCCUUUUUUUCAAGGAGGGUUAAGAUUUUGGAGAUUGUCUCGAGAUGUAAAUGUUGUGUGAUAAUGUUGGAUAUUGACUGCAAUGAUCUGGUUACGGAGAUGUUCGAUAUUUUUUUCUCUGUUGUGAGAGAACAUCACCAGCGGAGUUUGGUUAAUGAUAUUUUGUCUAUAGUGACUCAUAUUCUUAACGAGGAAGCUUCUCAGCCACUUUUGGAUUUGAUUUUGCGAAACCUGUUGAAGGAGGGAAAGGAAACAUUAUCUGCUUCUUCACAGCUAGCCAUUUCUGUGAUUCAAACUUGUGCAGAAAAGCUUGAGCCUUUUGUCUGUGGCUUUUUAACAUCCUGCAUUUUGGAUAGAGAUGCUAUAAAGAGUGAACUUUCAGAAUUUUACCAUGAAAUUAUUUUUAAAAUAAACCAGUGUGCUCCUCAAAUGCUUCUUGCUGUCAUUCCUAACAUGAUUCAAGAAUUACUGACUGAUCAAGUUGAUGUUCGAAUAAAAGCUCUUACUCUGAUUGGGAAACUUCUUUCACUGCCUGAGAACCAUAUUGCACAGGACUAUCGUAGUCUUUUUAUUGAGUUCUUGAAAAGAUUCUCUGACAAAUCUGCAGAAGUUAGGAUGAGUGCUCUUCAAUGUGCUAAACUUUGCUACAUGAACAAUCCUACUGGGACAGAAUCACAUGAAGUUCUUUCUGCCCUUGAAGGAAGGCUCCUAGAUUUUGAAGAUAGGGUGAGAAUUCAGGCUGUGAUUAUUGCUUGUGAUCUUGCCCGAUUUAACUUAAAAAUUUUUCCACCCAAAUUACUAGGUCAAACUAUUGAAAGACUUCGGGAUAAAAAGAUAUCUGUUAGGAAAGAGACUCUGCAGAAGUUAUUGGAAGUAUAUCAUGAUUAUUCUAAUCAAUGUUCUGAAGGCUACAUGGUAAUAUCUGACCACCUGGAACAGAUUCCACUUAAAAUGUUGAUGCUUUGCUACGACAAAGAUUGUAAGGAGUUCAGGCCUCAAAACAUGGAGCUUGUUCUAGCGAGAGAUCUAUUUCCGGAACUUCUUUCAGUUGAGGAGAGGACAAGGCACUGGGUUCACUUGUUUUCCCUCUUCACCCCCCUACAGUUGAAGGCAUUGAACUCUAUUUUAACUCAAAAGAGAAGGUUGCAAAAUGAGAUGCAAACCUAUUUGGCUUUGAGAAGAAAAGAAAAGGAGACUUGUUCAGAAGAGAAUCAGAAGAGAUAUAGAACUUUAUUCAUGAAAAUGGCUUCAUCCUUUCCAGAUCCUUCCAAAGCAGAAGAAUGCUUUCAGAAAUUGAAUGAUAUGAAGGACAAUAACAUUUUUAAUAUGCUGGAACUUUUGGUGAAUGACCUACAACACAUAAAUGCCCAGACCAUAAGAGGCAAGCUUCUAAAUAUUAUUGGUGAUAAACAUCAAAAUUUCAAGUUUCUACAGACACUGUCCUUAAAGUGCUCUUAUAAUGUAUUCAACUCAGAGCAUGUCCACUGUAUUUUGGAUAAUCUUUCCAGUAGCAGUUUUGGGAACAAACAGUUUAAGGAUUCUUCUGUCAAUCUUCUUUUGGCUGUUACCAGGAUCUUCCCUAUGCUCCUGAAAGGUUCAGAAGAGCAAUUUCAAAUUUUAUUAGAAGGAAGCAACACAGUUGAUGAUAAGAUGAUUGAGGUGUUAGCAAAAGCAGGUCCUCAUAUAUCUGUAAAAAUCAGUGAAAUUUACCCUUUUCUGAAAAGGGUAUGUCUUGGCGGGACUCGUUUGCAGUCGAAACUCGCUGUUUCGGCAAUUGCUGCAUUAGUUGAUACUUCGAAGCAAUUCAUUUUCUCAGACUUGUGUAAGGAACUUGUGGAAUCUCUACAUACUGGGAAGAACAUUCCGACAGUGUUGCAGUCUCUAGGAUGUCUUGCACAACAUUCUGCUUCAACAUUUGACGCUCAAGAUGGAGAGAUUACACCAUUUAUAUAUGAGAGAAUCCUUCAAGUGGACUUGUUGGACGAUUUAAGGUCAUUUGAUGAUAUUUCUGGGUGUAGCGAUUCCUCCAACUUGAAGAUAUAUGGGUUGAAAACACUUGUCAAGAGUUUUUUGCCACACCAUGGAGCUAAUGUCAGGCGGAAAAUCAAUGAAUUAUUGGACAUUUUGUUGGCAAUGCUGAAAAAUUAUGAUUCUUGCUGCGGUUUCACCUCAUGUCAAAGAAAUAAGGCUUGUACGAGACUAGCUGCUGCAAAGUCCAUUCUUCGACUUUCACGAAGAUGGGAUUUACAUAUAUCUCCGGAGACAUUUUACUUCACUAUUUCAUUGACAAAGGAUGUGUCAUCUUUUGCUAGAAGAUCAUUUCUUGAUAAAACACACAAACUGUUAAAGGACCGUGCCAUACCAAGUAGAUAUGCAUGUUCUUAUGCAUUGGCCUUCUCAGAUUGCCUCAAGGAUAUACGUGAUGAUUCAUUUAAAUACAUGGCAGAAUUUGUUAAAGAGUACAGUAGAGAAGCUCGUAUUCGUCAAACUACUGGAGUUCAGCAAGGAUUAAUCACCGACUUUCCUGCAUAUAUAGUAGUAUUCUUGAUUCAUCUUCUUGCUCAUGAUAAAGAUUUUCCUCUUGAAGAGUGUCAAAAUGAAGAAUUAUGUGCUCACUUUUGCAGUCCACUUUUUUGUUUCUUGCAGGCAUUACUUGAUGCCAGCAAUGUUGAUGGUAACUUGGAUGUAGUCAAGGAUGCUGUCUUUUAUUUGCUUUGUAUUUUCCGUGCUAUUAAGAGAGCUGAGGAUGCUGUUGACGUUGAAAAAACUUCUAAGCUUCACCUUCUAGCAGAUAUUGGGUUUUCUUUUGUCACUGCAGUAAAUCAAAGUGGAAUAUCCUCUUCGCAUGCCCCUGGACACGUUUUGCUGCCGUCAUCACUGUAUAGACUGCAGGCUAAUUCAAGAUGUCUUACACAAUCCUGUUUCGAUGAAUACUUUGCCAAAAGAGUCAUUCAUGUAUUUAAGUCUCAUAGCACGUCUGAGCAUGCUAGCUAUCUUUCUAAACGUGGUCGAAAGUAUCUAGAGGAUAGCACACAAUCAGGUAGUGUUGAGGACAGCCAUCUGACCUUAGCAUCUUCCAAGAGAGAUCUGCGAAUUGGUAAAACUGCAGAGCGCCAAAACACUGGGGAGCAAGAAAUUACUGUGGGGAGAAAACGAGCUGUCUCUCCAAAUGCUCCAGUAUCAGUUCAAUUGCAUGAGUGUUCUAAAAAAGAUCGCCACAUUGAUAUAUCUGAAAAAUUAGGACUAAGUUCAGAGAAAGAACAACUUUUAUCCUCUAGUGGCUCUGUGCCUGUAAAACCUUCUCUAGCUGGAUCACAUGUUUCAACCCAAAAUCCUAAAAGGAGUUCUGCUUCUUUGAAAGAAAGUAUUGGGGUGAGUAGCAGUGGCAGUGCUGAGUAUUCUAAAGCCAACCAAACCAAUGUCAAGGCCCCUUGCAGCUUGGAAGAAACUAGUAGUAAGGGGGAGGCAUUGAUUGGAACUCGAAUCAAAUUGUUAUCUCCAAUUGAUAGAUGUUUUCACUCUGGCACUGUGGAUGGUUAUAACCCCGAAAACAAUAAACACAAGAUUGCAUGCGACAAUGGAGCUGUUGAACUAGUAUGCUUGGACAGCGAGAGCUGGGAGACUCUAAGUGGUGAUUCCCAACUGGAAAGGAGGGUUACGUUGGCAGAGCAUUCAAAUGGCGUCGAUUUGCAGCACCGUGGUAGAAAGAAAACUGCUGAUACAUUCGGUAAAAAUGUUGCUCAAAAGUCGAAACGUUUAGCAAAUAAGGAGAAUGAAUCGACAAAAAAUGUUUACCAUAGAAUUCAUAUCCUUUCACAGUAA